AUGAUCUAUCAAUAUUGUCUGGAUAUACGCGCAACUGCCCUGUUCAGGGCGAGCAAGCAGUUAUAUCUCGAGAGCUUACCAUACCUCCGCGAAAAGUUCGUCCUUGGAUUCCACAUCGACCCCCGAGCGCCUAGAUCGGUCAUAUACCUUGUUAACCGACACGGCCACCCUUGGGGCGAGAACCGGAACAUCAUCAGCGUCGAGUCUGCACACGAAGAGAGCGUGUACCUAGACUUUAUGCCCGUCGACCAAUUUGGAAAAAUCCGAGUCCGCAUCGAUGCACCAGACCCGGAAGACCCAGGCCAGCUCGUCCGAUGCUGGUAUCAGACGAAGCGCCUUCUGACCAUCCUGUUACCACGAUGGAGAGAUCCUGACAGGUUUCCGGAAGACGAGGCAAAUGACAUCAUACUGGCACCCGACAGGGUAUCGACUAGGAUGCCAUCAAUUGAGGUUAUGUUUCACAACGACGAUCAGGGGAGGUGGUGGCAUGGGUCCACGCAGACCGCAUUUCGAUGGACUCGGAGUGUCCUCUGUUGCAAAGUGCUGAUACCAGAUAUUCUCGAACUGAGGCGGCUGAGGUGCCCCGGAUGUGCGGAUUUCCGAUACAUUGUCGACCUUUUCCAGAGGGUUCGCAACGCCCGUUCAAUUGACAUUCGGAUUGAAUGCCAGGAGCACCCGCAAGUACAGUGGCUUGUGGCUAAGCUAAAGCAGUCCGCUGUUUCAAGCACACCAUUUGGACUGAUACUGGACAGGAAGGGGCGCACUGCGAGUCCCAAGAACUGGGAAUUUGACGAUGCACACGUUCUAGGCAGAGAGAACGCUCGCCACAUCUGGUUUGAUUACAUCCUGGAAUGCCUCCCUGGCAAAACAGCGACCGACCUGGACCGUGAGCGCUACGACAAUUGGUGCCUUGGAUACGAGGAGGCCUUACGCCGAAGUGCCUUUGGAUAUAGUUUCGGUACCCUACGGCACGCCUUUGGUGGGGGAUUCGACGCCCUGAAAGUACCCGGUAGUAUGUUCCACUGGGUAUAUCAGCGAGCGCUGCGAAAACGAUUUUGGCAAUGGGCGGACCGGCGCACCAAUGCCACUGACGGCUGCACGUACGAGACCUAUCUUAACAGGCAUACGGCUCUUCUUCGGAAUCAUACGGAGCACGUCAAGACCUUCUUUUCCGGGAAAAAGAAUGUGACGGGCGACGUGAUGCUCGGGAUGUUGCCAAUCUUGGGGGAGGCCCCAGUGCCUAUAUCCAGACCAACCUACGCGCAGUUACAGUCAGAGUUGGGGAUGCAAAGGCAGAAUGUGUACUCGCCGCAGCUGGGAAAGUCGGUCAAGUGCGUGUUGUUAUGGGCGAGGCCAGGUUGUUGUCAGAGAUGUUCACCCUAUGAUCCGAACGUUGGACGGGUAUAG